UACUGCAGCAGCGUGGAGCGAAUGGACUCUCUCUCUCUCUUUCUCUCUCUCUCUGUCUGUCUGUUUCUACAGUUCUGUCGUGUUUCAAGCCACAAGGCAAGUCGGAAUCUUGCGCAUAACAUCUUUAACUUCAGUCUGUUUGGUGCCGAAACAUCUGCUGCGGUGUGUUUAUUAACUUCAAAGCAGAGGAAAGGGAACAAUGCGGGAUUGUGCGGGUUGUAACUUCCAACAAAUAGCGUGAAGAGAAGAAAAGAAAGAAAAGAGGGGGAAUGGUGGAGUUUCUGAAAGUCAGGAUUCCACUUGUAGGCAGGAAAAUCGAGCAGCGACUGAUGCCAUGAAGCUAAAUCCAAAGCAAGCGCCGUUAUACGGCGAGUGUGUGUUGACGGUGCAGCUCAGUGAGGAGGAGUGUGUGGAGGAUGAGGAGGAGGUGGAGUUUUACCUGCUGUUCUCCGGCAGCACACAGAGACACCUGACCACCACACUGAGACUCGGUCAUGUGACCCUGCAGGCUGUGUGUCCAGCUCACGAUCGUGAUGAGACAGUUCGGGUCACACUGUGUCAGGCGCGACCCGGUGGUUCCGUUGACCCGGUGGCGGAGGAACGGUUCCAGUUUGUCCACGAUCUGGCUCUGGACAUGGCUCACUUCCUGAUUAGUGCGGCGGCUCACAGGGACGGCCUGGAGGGGGCGCUGCUGCUCGCCGACUCGCACAUCCCUGUACAGGAGUGCGAGAGGCUGGACGAGACGCUAACGUUAGCACUGAAGCACCUCCCACUACCACCCGGGUGGAGUGUACUGGGCCCUGACGUCAACACACACACACCCACAGAUUUCAGUCCUCAUGAGACGUUGCUGCACUUUGCGGCUCGUCGAGGUCUCCGGAGAGUCGCUCUGUUCCUCCUGCAGCAGCCAGGAGGACCAGACGCCCUGCAGCUGGCCAACAAGCACGGACACACACCUGCCCGAGUGGCGCAGAGCAGAGGACACACACAGCUGCAACACCUGCUCUCAGAGCUUGAGAAGUCACCGCACCUCGAAACAAAAGCGCCCAGGCGGUGUUACGCAGCAGGCCGUGCAUUCCUGCACCACCCGAGGCUGAACACCUUCACGCUGUCGGUGGAGAACGAGGCAGACGGAGAACCUCCGGACCUGAGGCGAGACGUGGAGGAGCUACGCCGCUACGCCCGCUCUCACCGCCACAACAAGGGAGGAUCUCUGAAGCAGCUCCAGUCCUUUCCGCUGAUCCUGAGCCGGGAUUUCGUCUGCGAUUCGCCAACGGCCGUGGACGCUCCGUCUGAAAACCCCUCCCUCCAAAAACCGCCGGCGUGCGAGCUUCAGGAAGUCUACACCGAGAAAGAACAAAGCGAGAGCGCCAAGUGCGCGAAUGGCAGCACCCAGUCAGAGGGGGAUGAUGCACCAGCGUCCAGCGGAGAUUCGGGUUCUGGGAAACGGACUUCGAGAUUAGAGGGUGAGGGAGUGCCUGGGGGCAAGCAGGAGGACUGUGCGGUUGUCAGCGGCGUUUCCUGUAGAGAGCAGCAGCAGCAGGAGGAAGUAGAUAGCGAGCUGAGAGCAAUCAGGGAGGCGCUUCGUACACAGAGGAGCCACGCUCUAUCCGAGACAAAUACGCACAACAAAAUCCAAUCUGGCAACACGCAUACUGGGACGAUGGGUCAGACCCAGGGACUCCUCCCUGAGCAUGAAGAAAAGAACAAGGCGAGAGGGGACUUCCCAGAGGAAAGGGAAGGAGAGCGUAACUCCGGGCAGGAAACUUCUUUGUCGAGCGAGAACACACAGUCGCCCGAUGGACAAACGAGCAGCAAAAAUCUCUCCCGUUUUUACUUAAAUUUAGACGUUGACGCCGCGGAAAAAGGGAAGGAGAUCCCGAUCCGGAGCCAGGAAACAGGAAGCAGCAUCGAACGGAUAUACGAGUCCACCGGCUGCACAACACGGGAGCAAGACAUCAGCGAAGAUUUGCUUUCUCUAAGUUUCAGACCCAACAUGGCUCCAGGGCCGGUCCACAACGUACGUCUCGAACCGCCUCCGCUGGUCGAUGCGGCUGCAGGCCACCAAAUCCACACUCCUCCAGAAACAGCGUCCGGUUGCUCAGAACAGGUGAGUUCAGAUUCCGUAAAACAGCUGCCACCUCGUGAUGCCACCGAUCCCCCGGGAGAGCCUGACGGAUUAGUGCUCGGCGUUUCCCUCACGACCGAGGAAAGUGGUGGAGUUGAUCAGACUUUACCUCCUGAGACAGAGGAAAGUUCCUCGCCAGGAUCGAUGAGCGGUGUCCAACCCGUCAUAUCUCUAGAAAUAUCAGAAGAAACUUCUGAAGUAUUUAACGAGUCCCAUUGUGGAGGUGAGGAACCGCCUCAGGAGGGCACCAAACCACAAUCUGACGCCAAAGACGCUCAGAUCACGGAUACCACGGACCCGAACCGAGAUCCAGUAAGAUCACAGAGUCCACCCCUGGUUUUGGACCGAAUUUCACCACUUCCUCCAGGAUUAACGGUGUCUGAUUCGAACCCCGAUGAAACAGGAAGUGGUUCAGAAUCAAAGCUUGAAAGGGAACCACUAGCAUUUCAAACACCUCCAGAGUCGCCCUGUGAGUUUUUUUCAGUAGAUGGUUUCAUCAGAACAAGCGAUUCGCUUGAACCGCGUUCGGCUUCUCUGGAACUUGGCCGUCCUGCAGGUUCAAGCGAGAUCGUGGAGGCGGGUGAGAAGGUGGAAACAGAGCUGCCCGAGAUGUGUGAAAGUUCUAAAAAGUCACCUCUAACAAUACUGUGUGGUUCUUUUUCCAAACUGACGAUCAGGGGAAGUCCCCUUGAUCCUCACCUUGAUGACGCAACUUCACAGACCAUCGAGAGAAUAGCAACAAAUGAUUCAGAAACCUCCAAAAUGUAUCCUUCAGAGGUGGAGGAGACCAAGGAGGAGGUUAUGAAGUUAGAACCAAAUCUGGUUCAGCAGUGUGAGAGAUCAGACGCACCACAGAUAGUGAGUAACAUGUCUGUAGCACCACCAUGUGAUUUUGUAUCCAAGGAGAACCUUAGAGGAACAGCAGUGAUUACACAUGCUGUAGGUUCUGAAGCACAAUAUGACCAACCUUCAGAAUCUAAAGAUGUUCAGGAGGAGUGGAUGAAGAUCCCUACACAGCUUGGUGAGAACCCAGAAAUUUUGUCACUUCCAUGUAAAGCGUUAUCUCUAUCCACUGCUGUCUCUAAGAACAUCACUGAUCCUCAUUCUGAGGUCAUAACCUUUGAGGAGGGUAUCAACAAAACAUCUGAAGACCCGCAGACUGAGCUCACGACCUCUACAGAGACACUUGUGGAAUCUCUUGGCCCACAUCUUGAAGUGGGCCAAGAACAUCUUGAGGCCAUGAACGUUGAAGAGAUCAUUAGUAGAACAUGUCUCGACCUCCAUCAUGAUCUCAUCACAUGCUCAGAGGAGACGAUUGCAGAAAUAUCUCUUGACCCUUUUCCUGAGGUUAAAAUCUCUGAGGAAAGCGUUCAAGACCAACAACUUAAGGUCACGAUCUCAGUGGAGAGCAUUAGAGGAACAUCCCUGAGCCCCAAUCAUGAUUUCACAUCCUCUGUGGAGAACAUUGGAGAAGUAUCUCUUGGUACACUUCUUGAGGUUACCAGUCCUGAAGAAAGCGUCCAAGUUCAACAGCUUGAGAAGAGCGGAAAUGAUUAUGACCCCGAACAUGAAUUCGUGACCUUUGAAGAGAGCAUUAGAGGAACUCUUGACUUCCAUCAUGAUCUCAUCACGCCUUCUGAGGAGACAAUCAGAGAAAUGUCUUUUGAAGUUCCUGAGGUUAACAGCUCUGAGGAGAAUGUUCUAGACCAACAACCUGAGGUUACAACCUCUAAGAAGAGCAAAAAUGGAACAUCUCAAGAUCCCAAACUUGAGGUCACAACCUCGGAGAAUAGCAUUCAAGGCCCACAUCGUGAGGCGAUGAUUAAAGAAACAGUUUUUGACCAGCAACCGGAGAUCACAGCUUUUGAGGAGAGCAUCAGAGAAACACCGUAUCACACCAAGCUUGAGGAGACAAUCUGUGAGGAAAACCUCUGGACAUCUCUGGAGCCUCCACCAGAGUUCAUGAACUCGAAGAUGGAUACAAGUUUUCCUGAAGCUCCAUUUCAGAGCGAGACUGCAAUUCUGGACCCUCCCGUUUGUGGUAACGAUUCAGAUUUGGCUUUGGAGAACGUUUCUAUCUCUGACCAGCCUCUGGAUCUGAGCUCCGUUAUGGGUCUGGAUAGUGGUACCGGCUUGGGUAUGGACGCUGUGGAAGUGGAUAGUGGUUUGAUCCAGGAGGUGCCACCUUUGGACAAUGUUGGCGUUUGUAAAAUUGGAAGUCUGGAAGAGGAGAAACGUCACGUGGUGGAAGAAGAUGGAGAGGAACCAAAGGAGGAACGAGGAGCAGGUGACGAUGGACGUCCUGAGACCGCGUUAACACACACGGAUCAGCGCAGUGAGAUCCACAGGGAGGAGCAGGAUGAGGUGUACUGUCUGGAUUCUGAAGAUCUGAAGCAGGAGUGCAGUAAAGAAAACACCGGAACAGAUGUUCCGGUUGCGAGUGUGUGUCGGUCCGUGUCCGUGACCUCGCUGCCCGGGUCCGAGUCCGUCAGUGAUGGAGACUCGCUGUUGGGCCCAGACACCAUGGACGACACCGUCUUCAAGCAGAGCGAGGGCACGCUCACCCUCACCAGUGGAAUUUCCACGACUGGAUCCGUUUCUACAGAUGACUCGUCCAUCGCACACGCUGCAGGAGAACCUGAGGAAGAGGAGAAGAAAGAUCGGCUGACGGAGGUUCUGGAACGUUCUGCUCUUCUUCGCUCUACCAGCCGUUCUCAAUCUCCGUCCCGGAGACACAGCUGGGGGCCGAGCAAGAAUCCCACCGGAGAGACGGACAUGGGCCAGCGCAGUGUGGUGCAGGGUGAGGUGGGAGAAAAGCCAGCGGGUCACAGGAGGAGUAUGAGCUGGUGUCCGUCACACGUUCCUCACUCUGAGAUGGAUGAGAUGAACUCCAGAAGUUACAGUCUGGAAGGUUUGGCUGCUGAGGACGAGGUGAAGAUGCCGAGCGUACGGCAGUCCACACACUUGUCCAUGACGGAGAGAGAGGAGAGAGGAUCGCUUGCUUCUCUCACUGAGGAGGAGAACGAGAGCAACGCGGGGGAUAACAGCAGCUUAGACAGCCAGAGAUCGGUUCAGGACGUAGGAUGCGGUUUCGUUCCUCCUCCUCACACACUCACCAAAUCCGUGUCCAUGUCAGCAAUCAGCCCGAGAGACCUGGAUGACUUGACUUGUGCGAGUUCAGCCGCAGGAUCGCAGGAGUACAGUAUAUCAGAGGAAGACCCCGCCCCGUUGAGGAGUGACUCUGAGGUCAGAGGGACGAAAGUGAGCCGCACCUUCAGCUACCUCAAGAGCAAGAUGAGCAAGAAGAGCAAGGAAAAAGACCGUGACAAGAAUAAAGAUGGAAAGGAGAAGGAGAAGAAGAGCUCCAAUGGUCACCUGUUUAGCUCCACCCUGACCCCACCCUCCAGCCCAUGCCUACAAUGCAACCGACCAGUCAGCACGAAGGAUGCUGUCACCUGCACAAACUGCAAUGUUCACGUCCAUAAAGGCUGCAGAGACGCACUCCCCGUGUGCGCUAAAGUCAAGAUGAAGCAGCAGUCGGUCACUGAUUCGGCUCCUCCACCCGGACUUCUCUCACGAGGCAAAUCCGCGUCAGCGCGAGAGCGUCCCUGGUCCACUUUCUUGCUUCCUGAGGAUCAGGCGUCUCCUCUCGUCGCUCCUCCGCGGAAAAACUCCAGUAUCAUGCCGUUUAACAGCGGCGCUCUGUCCAAAAGCAUCUCCAUCAGCAACAUCGCAGGGCAGUUGGACGAGGCUCCUCUGAAAGCUCUGAGGAUUCUCUCUCAGUCCACAGACUCGCUCCAUAAGAUGGGGAAAGUGAACGAGUCGACCGAGUCUCUCACUGACGAAGGUACGGAGCUGAUGGACGGUCACCUGAUGGCGGAGUUCGAGGCAGACGUGAAGGAGCUGGAAGCCGAUUCCUGGAGCUUCACUGUGGAUAAAAAAUAUCUGAAACAGCUGAAAAAAGACGUCAUCAAGAGGCAGGACGUCAUCUACGAGUUGAUCCAGACGGAGAUGCACCACCUGCGGACUCUGCGCAUCAUGGCUGACGUGUACAGUAAGGGUCUGCAGAAGGAGGUGCAGGUGGAGGUGCAGACGUUGGAGAAGAUGUUCCCUGUGCUGGAGGAGCUGCUGGAGCUGCACACACACUUCCUCACACACCUGCUGGAGAGACGGAGGGAGGCGCAGCGGGGGAACGACGGAGGCUUCGUCAUCCGCAGGAUCGGAGACGUGCUGCUCGACCAGGUGACUGGCUCCAACGCUGAAAAUAUGAAGAAAGUUUACGGGAAAUUCUGCAGCCGCCACAACGAGGCUGUGAACGUCUACAAAGAGCUACACACACGCGACAAACGCUUUCAGGCCUUCAUCAAGAAAAAGAUGAGCAGUGCGGUGGUGAGGAGGUUGAGUAUUCCUGAGUGUAUCCUGUUAGUCACACAGCGUAUCACCAAAUACCCCGUCCUGCUGCAGAGACUCCUGCAGCACACCCGAGAGCCGGAGGAGGAGCAGGCGGAUGUUGCCGAGGCUCUGCGGCAGGUGAAGGAGGUGCUAACGGGCGUGGACUCUAAAGUGAACGAGUACGAGAAGAGGAGGAGGCUGAAGGAGGUGUACAGCCGCACAGACAGCAAAUCCAUCAUGAGGAUGAAAAGCGGUCAGAUGUUCGCCAGAGAGGAUUUGAUCAGGGGGCGAAAACUUUUGCAUGACGGCCCGCUGCAGCUCAAAAAUGUAGCCGGGCGACUGAAAGAUGUGCAAGCAUUGCUGCUGUCCGAUGUGUUUGUGUUCCUGCAGGAAAAAGAUCAGAAAUACGUUUUUGCCUCACUGGACCAGCGCAGCACGGUGAUCUCGCUGCAGAAGCUGAUCGUGAGGGAGGUGGCGAACGAGGAACGCGGGCUGUUCUUCAUCACGGCGGCGAUCGAGAGGCCCGAGAUGGUGGAGGUUCACGCCAGCACUAAAGACGAGAGGAACACAUGGAUGCAGCUCAUCCAGAACGCCACCAACUCCAUAGAUAAGGAUGAUGAUGAAGGAAUCCCGAGUGAAAACGAGGAAGACAAGAGACUGCAAGAGAGCAAAGCUAAAGAGAUGAGAGAUCACCUGCAGAAGAAAGACGAACAGAUCGUGACUCUGUUGGAAGAAAAGGUGCGUCUGUUCCACGAGUUGUGCGACUGUGCGAAUCAGGACGAAGCCUCUCUCCAUAACAGAAUGUUGUUCAGGGCGACAGGUGAUGAUGUCACAAAAGGAGAGCCAAUCAUCAAAGAUGCUCUGAAGGAAGUUGAGACAUUACAGGAGCUGGUGAACAGCAGUGUGGUGGGACAGCAGGUGUGUGUGGGACAGGAGGACUCGAGUGUGUGUGCAGGGUCUGUGAGUUUACCGCGCAGAGCCGAGACGUUCGGGGGCUUCGACUGCCACCAGAUGAACAUCUCAAAGAAUGGAGACCGUGAGGAAGCAGACGAUCUGCGGAGAACCGAGUCAGACAGUGUUCUGAAGAAGGGGGGCACCGCAAGCCUGCUGCUCUUACACAAGAGGAACAGUGAGGUAGGUGCUGUGUGUGUGUGUGUGUGUGUGUGUGUGUGUGUGUGUGUGAGGACAUGA